AUGGACUCCCACACACUCUCCUCUGUUGUGCAGCAGCAGCUUCGCGGCCUGUGUCUGAAUGACUUCCCAUGUGGACAUGGCAGCUGGAGAAAGAGCAAGGACAGUCAGCUUGGGCAGCGGAGCCGGGGCUACAUGGAGCGGGACGAGGGCAGGGAGGGUGCAGACAAAGAGGAGCAGGGGGCCCUCAUUGAUCUGCUUACCUGCCCGUGCUCACCAUGGCAGCACACAGGAUCAUGGAGCCCUCAGGCCGCAGCCCUCAGAAAACUGGCUGUGCAAAAUCCUGAGCGCCUUGACGAGAAGUAUAUUUCCAGCUAUUUCACCACACUACGCAUUGUGGGCAAGAGGGUAUCAGUUAUUGACAAAGGCCUCAUGAAGUUCUCCAACCUUGAGGAACUGGUGCUGACAGCCAAUUACAUCUCUGAACUGCCAGCAGGACACCUGCCCUGCUCUCUGAGAAUUUUGGAGCUUCGUGCCAACCGGAUGCGUGACCUUAACGGCUUGAACCGCCAUCAGCUUCCUGGCCUACUGCACCUUGGCCUCGGUUCAAACGAUCUUGGCUCUCAGGAUGAUGUCUGUCACCUCACGGGAAAGUACUGGCCAAAGCUGGUGUCUCUGGACCUGAGCGGCUGUGACUUCCGGGACCAGCAGGCCCUGCUGGAGGCCCUGGCUACACUACCCUGCCUCAGGACCCUGCUGUUGGAGGGAAACCCCUUCACCUUGGCACUGUCCUACCCGGGCUUCACCGUGGACAGCCUCCCAUGGCUCCUGUACCUGGAUGCCUCGCAGAUCACCCCUGAGGAACGGCAUCGCUUUAGAGGGCUGGCCAAGAUGAGAGAUGUGCUCGUCGAUAGGGCCGAGGCCACGGUCGCUGUGUGUAAGGUCAGGGGAAUCCCAGACCCACAGAGGAGAGCGGAUGACAGCCCUCCAGACUUCCCUGUCAUCACCUACAGCUAUUUCGUCACAUACGAGUUUGUCGGCCAACAAUCAUGCGAUAACAAGCUGACCAACAGUGACUUAGUGUUUGGCACAGUAGCCAGGGAUUACAUGAGAGCAGCCAGCGCUGACACUGACCAGCAGUCGAACAGGAAUUACGAUGAAGAAAUCUCAGUGACCAGCAGUUCUAAACCAGACGCCAUGAUGAUGAACUCCCAAGAUAUUGCACAAGUGCCGACACAUAGCACAGCCAAGCUGCCAUGGGCAGAGUGCAUGGACUUCACCCACACCAGUUCUUUCAUUGUUGGUGAUCUGGCUUGCUUCAAGAGAUUCCUCAAUCGAGGAGUGCUUCUUAGUUUAGAGGAGGAAAAGAUCCUGUCAUGGCCUGCGGCCACUGCAGACACCCCAGCUGCAAAACCCAGCCAAAGUGCCAAAGAGAAGAAAGGAGGGAAAGGGAAAGAAGUUCCAAGUAAAGCUGGUUCCAAAGACAAAUCUAAAGACAAAAAAAAGAAGUGUGUGGCAGAGCUGGUCCAGGACCCUCCCGUCAGGAGGACCCUCGGCUCCGUCCACGUCCCGCUGCACAGCCUGCUCACAGGAAGUCAAAGGCUGGACGUCCUGUGUGACCUUGAAAAGGAUUCAGUGAAGAAAAUCAAAGAGAAUAAGGAAGACGAGAAAUCAGAGUCAACAGGGGACGAUUCAGCUGGACAGAAGAAUACAGCAGCUUCAAAAGGCAAAGUUAAAGGAAGGAGGGGAUGUGAGGUGGAUGUCCACACUGACGACACUGCGUCUAUGCAGCUGGAACCUGUGACUGUAGAGUUCAGCGUGCGGCUGGAGAAAUGGCAGUCUGCAUCCGAAGCCCACAAUUUGCUGCCUCAUUCAGAUUUAUGA